CAACAGUGGCAGUGCUUUACCACACCACUGUGCAUUUUUAGGCCUGCUCCCUAUAGAUCCUUAGAACUGGACCCCAAUAUUUUAUGUAAGUACUUACCUCUAAGAAGGUACUUACUUAACCCUUUAUAAUCUAUUUCACUUCAUCAAAAUUGUGCUCUUGUUAGGUUGCAUCUCCAGUAAGCAAACCGUUUACCGACGACUGAGUUAGAAGCAGAUCGGUUUCGUAUGCCAAGUAUGCAAUCUACGCAAUUUGCCAAACCUUAUAACGGCUCACCAUAUUCUGUCAGUUUGCCUAAUGGAAACGCAGCCGUAGUGCAUCAUUAUUUGAUUCCAUAAAAGCAUUUAAUAAUACUCGGAAUCACGGUACGCGCUCUGAAUUGGAUCAAUAAAACUGUAGAGCUCGCCCGAACUCUCGUAGUAGCGCUCUACAAAUUGGAUACUGUAAUAUCAUUUAGGGAGGUCAGUUUCCGCGCAGCCGGCGUGAAGAGCGGUUGUUUAGCGUCGGUGCCGCCAUUUUGUUUCCCGAUUCAACACCAUGUGCACGAGGGAAAGAGAUCUUUUGCUUGCCGUGAUAGAACGUUACAGAGACAUGAAGUACCUUUGGGACAAAGAACAUAAAGAUUAUCUAAACAAACAAGCUAGAUACCUGGGAUUCAAAAAGUUGCUGGAAAUAUAUCAAGUCUACGAACAAAAUGCAACAAUAAAGACCCUAAAGAAAAAAAUCGAAAAUUUGCGUACUACUUAUUCGAGGGAAUUUCUAAAGGUUUUGAAAGCUCGUAUGGCCGGAGAAGAGUACGUCCCAACACUCUGGUACUACAAUGCAAUGAGCUUCUUAGAUCAACUGAAAAAAGAGCAAAUUGACCAGUUAAAAUUGACGACUACUGCAUCUGGCAGUAAUGAGGUACAUAUCACAUAUUUGCAACAAGACAUCGAUGACAACGACGAUUCCUACACACCUGAAGACGCACAGGAAAUCUACCAAGUCACCCUCAGCGAGCCCGCAGCCAAGAGAGCCAAAGUAAAGACGGAAGGUAAUGGUUCAUCAAGCGACGCGCCCCAAGAUGACAUACUCCAAGGGGCUGAUGUGGACUACUUCAGCAAUGAUGCGGCUGGUUCUACUGGCAAUGAUGCUGCUGGUUCUUCUACUGGGUCCCAAGGAACCUUAUCCUUCGCGAGGACCCUAGGCCAUCAGUUGUGCGAGUUGAAGAAGGAUCAGAGAAUCAUUGCCGAGAAAUUGAUAUCGGAUAUCAUUUUUUACGGGCGACAAGAUAAGUUGGAGUUUGACUCGUGUGUCACUUUGAAACCAAAUGAAUUCUAAUUUAGUGUGUACGUGUAAUGUUUGUUUAAAAUAUAAUGAUAAG